GGUCAGCCUCUGACAAUCAAUAUUUGAAGCAAAUUCCAGCACCUGAUACUCUUACAAAAAAUGAUGUCACAUAGAGAUGUUCUGCUACUUCUGUGCCUCAGUUUGGGGGUCCUUGCAGCCCCCCACUCACGUAUUUUAUCCACGAGUGUCGGAUUCCUGGAUGAUAAUCAAGAGUUGAGCCGCAAGAUCACUUUGGCUGCAUAUGAUCUAAGAGAAAUUAUGUGUGAAGUUCACCAACUAUGUGACGAAGAGGAACUCAGAAUAAUUCAGAAUGGGCUGGGACUACACGCAACCCCUCUGGAACAGUGCGACACUGUGAGCUUCAACAAGGGCGCAUGUUUUUCCCAGCUGUCCAAUGGCCUGAGUGGUUUCAUGACACUACUUACCUCAGCUAGAGACUUACCACAAGACAAACUAGACAGUUUGGAGGCUGACGUCAAAGAUCUGCUUACCAAUAUCCAGGAAGAGAUGGAAGCACAAGGAAUUACUGCUGAUAACCACUCCAUUCAGGAAACACCAAUAUACAAAACACCAUUAGAAGAAAAAGCAGGAACAUUCCUGAUCUUAUCAAACCUGCACAAAUUCAUGCUUAUGGUCCAAAAUGUAUUAGGAUAACCAUUUAAUGGGCCAUAAGGACUUUCCAACGAGGAUCUCCUGUUUAAUAUUUAAGCAGCAUCCUAUCUAAACGGUUUCCUUAAUUGCAAUAAGGAAUGUGUAUGUAAGGGAGGAAGCGACUGUGUAUAAUGGGUAUAGUGUGUGUGUGAGUAAGUG